AUGUCGCACUCGAGGGUUAACAUGCACCUCUGCUGUGCGUUGUUAGAUUCCCUAAUGGGAAAGGACAGGAACGAAACGGAUGCCAGGAAAAAGCACACCUUCAAGGACGACAAUGUAUGCAAGUACUACUUAAUUGAUUUUUGUCCUCACGAUCUUUUCCCCAACACAAAAAGUGACAUAGGGAGAUGCAAAAACAUACAUUCAGAAGUGCUAAAGGAACAACUGGCAAAUCAUGAAAAUUAUAAAUACUACCUGGCAAAAUAUCAGCAAAAGUUUAUGAAAACGCUGGAAAGUAUUAUCGAAUUGGCUGAUCACAAAAUUGAGAGGAGUAAAGAAAAAUUAAAGUACCUGUCGGAGAAUAGCAAAAAUCCUGUUGACAAGAAGGAGAAAAUCGAAAGCAUCAACAGUCACAUAGAGGACUUACAAAAACAGGAAGAAGAAGCUCGGGAAAAGGGGGACUUACUCAAGGCAGACAGUUUUAACAGCCAAGUGACAACCCUACAAGCAGAAAUCAAAAGGUUAAAUGAGGAGCCUGAGAAGGUAGCAAAGCCAAAUUUGAUGGUAAUAUAA